CAGAUGAAAUGGCCGCUCCUCGAUGUCCCCUCCAGCGCCACAGUAAAGGACACAAGGUCACCAUCUCCUGCACACUUGUCUAAUAAAGUUCCCGUGGUUCAGCAUCCUCACCACAUGCAUCCAUUGACGCCCCUCAUCACCUACAGCAAUGACCACUUUUCCCCUGGCUCCCCGCCCGCACACCUGUCCCCGGAGAUCGAUCCAAAGACAGGAAUCCCCCGGCCCCCUCACCCGUCCGAGCUGUCGCCAUAUUACCCGCUGUCUCCUGGAGCCGUCGGACAAAUCCCCCACCCCCUCGGCUGGCUCGUCCCACAGCAAGGACAGCCCAUGUACUCCCUCCCUCCUGGUGGCUUCCGGCACCCUUACCCUGCCCUCGCCAUGAACGCCUCGAUGUCCAGCCGGUUCUCGCCUCACAUGGUAGCUCCUGCCCAUCCCGGCCUGCCCACCUCAGGGAUCCCCCACCCCGCCAUCGUCUCCCCCAUCGUCAAGCAGGAACCAGCGCCCCCCAGCCUGAGCCCCGCGGUGAGCGCGAAAUCACCUGUCGCCGUGAAGAAGGAGGAAGAAAAGAAACCACACGUGAAGAAGCCUCUGAAUGCCUUCAUGUUGUACAUGAAGGAGAUGAGGGCCAAGGUUGUGGCCGAGUGUACCCUGAAGGAGAGCGCGGCCAUCAACCAGAUCCUGGGAAGAAAGUGGCACAACCUGUCUCGAGAAGAACAGGCCAAGUAUUACGAGCUGGCCCGGAAGGAGCGGCAGCUUCACUCCCAGCUCUACCCAACCUGGUCAGCCCGGGACAACUACGGUAAGAAGAAGAAGAGGAAACGAGAAAAGCAGCUGUCCCAGACACAGUCACAGCAGCAAGUCCAGGAGGCAGAGGGCGUUCUGGCCUCCAAGAGCAAGAAGCCAUGUGUUCAGUACAUGCCCCCUGAGAAGCCCUGCGACAGCCCCGCCUCAUCCCACGGCAGCAUGCUGGACUCCCCCGCCACCCCCUCCGCGGCCUUGGCCUCCCCCGCCGCCCCUGCCGCCACCCACUCGGAGCAAGCCCAGCCCCUCUCCCUCACCACCAAGCCAGAGACCCGGGCCCAGCUGGCUCUCCACUCGGCGGCCUUCCUGUCAGCUAAGGCCGUAGCCAGCACCUCCGGCCACGUGGGCAGCCAGCCUCCCCUCCUGUCCCGGCCCCUGCCCCUCGGGUCCGUGCCCACGGCCCUGCUGACCUCUCCCCCAUCCUUCCAGGCCGCGCUCCACACCCACCAGGCCCUCCCAGUGCUCCAGGCCCAGCCUCUUUCCCUGGUCACCAAGUCUGCCCACUAAGCGGCCCCCGGC